GUCUGUCCAGUAGUCGCAUCGAACGAAACGAAUGAACGUUAUGUUCCUUGCUACGUUGCUUACUUGACCCUGCCGAAUAACUUGUUCCUAACAUCAGCGUUCAAAUAAUUUGUUGAAUUACAUUUACCUACAAUAAGCUGUCAGUAUAAAGAGGCAGCAAGUAUCGUGCGCCUGGGCUCAGAAAUUAGCUGGUUGAGGACAAAAUGAAGGCCGGUUUAUUUAUUUUGUUGUUUGUGUUCUGCUAUGUGCAAAGUCGAAAAACAUAUCCACCAGUUGAUAAAAAUGCCAACAUUGCUUUUAUCAACAUGGAAGGCGGCGGCGGAGUAAGACCAGCUGCUAAACCACAGCCAGCAGCGCCACCUAGUGGACCAGCUGCUCCACCGGCUAAAACCCCAGUUCAGACAUUACCGGCUCAACCAGGUGGUACAAAUACUCCAGUACAAACAACUGUCAAGCCGGCUGUUCCUUCUGCGACGACAAAACCACCAUCUCCUGCCCCCGCUCCAUCGAAAUCUACCGGACAAAUCACGCCUGUACCAGUCAACCCUACGCCGGCUUCAAAGCCAAUCUCAACUCCUGGGCCUGGUACGGUGAAGCAGCUUGUCAAUUUCUACGACAGUCAAGGAAAGGCUAGCCCUAUCCGACCUUACAGCUACAGUCAAGCUGUAAAACAAGGUUGAAUAGUAGUUUAUAAUUCUACUGGUCUCAUUUUAUUUUGCCAAAAAAAAAAUCUAUAAUAUUUUCCUAAUAAAGCCUUUUGUUUCAUUGUUAAAAUUAAGGUAUAGAUACUUAUUGAAAAAAUCCUAAUUAUAAUGCAAAAUCAAUUGCAAUUCAUAAGAUGCUUCCUGUGUUGUGAAUUUCCUCUUUUCGAAAUCUUCAAAUAUCUAUUAUGAAUGACCAGCGAUUACAAAAUUAUACAGAAUUUAUUAAUCAAGUUCAUUAACGUUUCACAUGCCCGAAUGUAAUGAGUUCACGCUUUCUUGAUGUUAGUAAUUAUUUCGUUCACAUAAACUCUCUUACGGUCAAAAAAAGGCAAUUUGAAAAUAUUAUUCAUCGUGUGGACAUUAAAGCUAACUGCUUAAAAGAGUACUGAGCUACUGUUACGUAACGUUGACAAUUGAAUAAUGCACACGUUAAGUUCAAUUAGAAAAGGAGUCAACGACCGUCAUAUCAGCCGGAUAUAUCUAGAAGCGACAUAAAAGGCGCAUUAAGAUGUAAACAAUUGCAGCGGAGCCUAUUUUCAGCCAGUGAAAGUGCGUGGACGGAAUUUGCAGAUCUCCUCGCCGCGCCGCUGUCGCCGGUUGGCCGUGUGCUGGGCGCGGCGAAAUGCCAUUUUGCUUAGUUGCCUGUACUGACAGUCACAGCUUUAUUAAUUUUUCGCAACAAAAUAAUUGCGGAGGCCUCUACUUUUUUUUAUCUUCAUUUUAUUCAAUUAUUCUUUAGUACAUUAAGUAUAUACCUAUAUAACAACAUUCUCUAUCAGACAAAUUUUAGGAUGAUAAGGAGAGCACGAAUGUGGUCUUAGGACUAAGGCAUACAUACAAAUUUUAUAGCACGGUAUUCAUAUUAUUUUAAUAUUUUAUUUAGGAAGUGUUUCAUUUUUUAAGAUAAAUAUAAAAACAAUUCUAAGGCAGUUGAGAUAAUUUUUAAUUAAAUAAAUAAUAAAAAAGUUUUA